AUGUCAUCGUGUCCACACCAACUCGUUCGGUCCCGUUUGAACGGGUUGCUCUCGCCGCAAUGUCGAAGCCCAGGCCGAUGGUAUCGGGAGCCAGGAACGGCGAACGUUGGCCAUAGAGCGCUCCUUUCAACGCACCAUGCCCCGGCAAUACUAGAACCUGGAAUGACACCUGAUACUCCAAACCCUACGCUAUCUCGAAACGCCAGCCAUAAACUCAACACUUCACAACCCGCAGCAAGUCAACAAUCAGAUCAAAUCGCAACAGAUCAGUAUGGUAUGGACAAUGGGCAUUCGCAGCUUUCCACCCAGCCACGAACAUCACAGCCACGAAAAAAUUCGUCCACGCCGAUUAUAACGAAGGACAAAAUGAAAAAGGUUGCAUAUGUGCGACAUGCUGACCCCAAGCUUGUGGCCAUGGCGGCCGAGAGAGUCAACCGCGAAAUUUUAAGAAAGGGUAAAUACCUGACCGAUCGAGGGUUAUACUUGGCGCUUGCGACACGAUUAAAUUCGAUUUACACGCGUGAGCUGGGACUUCGUCAAUGGAAGGAGGCAUAUGGAGCGAUCUAUAACGCCAAGACAUAUCGACGCGAGGUCUUGCACCUGUCUGCAUUGCCGAAACUGAAAGAAGAUGGGGAACAACUGCUAGCUGUGCUUCUUGAUGACUGUCAAGGCAAAUUCCGGGAGGCAUGGCUUGCAAUGAAUCGAGCUUCCAGGGCCUGGGCCUGGCAACGCCUGGCCAUUUGGCUGUUGCAAAACAAUCCGGCACUUGUCUUGGAGUUUCUAAUCGUCACAACUGAGCCUCAGGAGAAGCCAGACAUGACUAUGGUCGUUGAUUGCUUGGCAUACUUGGAGAAAUUUCAUUAUGACGAGCUCCAGGGUUGGAAGAGUGGUGCCCACACCUUCGAAUCGGUGGUUGCGACUUCCCUGGAUCCAAAGGAUUGGCCAAUUAUUUCCCCACCACAAAAGGGCAUACGGUUAUAUAUUCGCCGAGCAGGCUUCCUGGGCGUCUACGAGAGUUUUCGGUUAAUGGGCGAACGAGGCACUACAAUGGAAGCGCAAACUGCACUUUGCUACAUGAACCAAUUCAUACACCUCAAUGACGUGGAAUAUGCUUUCAAAGCCCUGGCAUAUGUUCGCAAGAUUAAUGCCCCUGAAUUUUCCAUGGAUUCUGAAGGUGUCCUGCGGCAUUGUUGCAAGCUCCUGACCUUGGAUACAGUCGAGGAUAAACCAGAAGGACGCAAUUUCCGGAUUCUUCCACGGCUUCUCAAGAUGGGUGUCCAGCCGGAUAGGGACAUGAUGAAUCUCGUGCUUGCUAAUGCUUAUAAAACCGGAGAUCCCCAGCUUGGGUCGGAUAUGCUUCAAUUCAUGAAGAAUCAUCACCACCAAUUCGACUCCUAUACCUAUCUGACCCUCCUCACUGAUGCCGUAUCUCGAGGUGAUCGGGGUCGCGUGGAUGAGCUAGUACAAGAAGUCGAGAUGCAAGAGGAACUACGGAAGAACCCAUACAUUUUCAGCAAAAUCUUCCAUGCCCAUUUCACCUUCACCGCCAAGCAUAUCGAUCCCGAGAGCGAUCCCUCGGGGGUCUUCUACUCCAUGCUUGACAUGUACACCAGAAUCCACGACGUCACUCCUCUCAAAGAACUUCUUCUCCUCCCUCCACAAUAUACUCCACCGACAACCCAAAGACCGGAGCUCAAAUCUCCGCCUUCUCCAGUAUCUUUGUUCCUCAUGAUUGCAACAUUUUUCCGCUGCAGAAAUCGGAUAGCACAAGUGCAUCACAUGUAUGACAGAUUCCGCGAGCUUGUUCAGCAAGGCCAUCCAUCCAUCGCUCCUCUAGUCGAAACCGACCACGUUUACAAUGAAUUCCUCAUCGCCUUCCGCAAAAGCAGUCAUGGACUGCGGUCGAGCGUGCGUCUAGUCGAAGAUAUGCUUGACGCAUCCCUCCUGCCGAAAGAGACUACCGAUGGCAAGCCUCUCAAGCACAUCUCACCCACGCCUCGCACUUGGACCAUCCUCCUCAGUGCCUUCAAUUAUAGUCGCCAACCCGAAGCCGCUCAGAAGGUGAAGGAGAUGAUGUCUAAGCACAACGUGGAAUACAACCAGGUGACCUGGAACACUAUUAUCAACGGUUUCGCAAACGCACAAGAUAUCCCCGAAACCGCUGCUGCAAUCACGAUGAUGGAAAGGGAAGGCUUUUCAAUUGACCAUUAUACGAUGAAAAGUCUGCGCUAUCUCCGCGACCCCGAACGCCUUUGGGUAGCGAUUGAGGAGAUGGAUCAGAGGUCUGACUCAGAUGGGGCCCAAUUGUCCCUUGCUCUGGGGCCCACUUCUGAUGUGCACAGUGACCAGAAGGAGCGUGACAAGCUGAUUGACAGUGGGCUCGAGAAGCUGGAGUCAAAGUUCAAACCUAAAAUGUGA